AUGGGGGGUGGAGAUGGUAAUAGUGGUGAUGGGGAAGGAGGACGGGAUGAUGUCAGUGAUGGCGUUGGUGACAGUGAUGGAGAUGGUGGUGGUGACAGUGAUGGUGGUAGGAGUGUGAUGGUGGAGGUUGUAGUGCUGAUGGUGGUGACGGUGAUGGAGGACUGGAAUGUUACGUGGUAUACCAGCAACCCUGACUUCACCAAGUGCUUUCAGAACACCGUUCUUGUAUGGGUGCCAUGUUGUUACCUCUGGGCCUGCUUCCCCUUGUACUUCCUCUAUCUCUCCCGACAUGACCGGGGCUACAUUCAGAUGACGCAUCUCAACAAAACCAAAACUGCCUUGGGGUUCUUGCUGUGGAUCGUCUGCUGGGCAGACCUCUUCUACUCUUUCUGGGAAAGAAGUCAGGGCGUGGUCGUGGCCCCAGCGUUUCUGGUCAGUCCAACCCUCUUGGGCAUUACCAUGCUGCUUGCUACCUUCCUAAUCCAGCUGGAGAGAAGGAAGGGAGUCCAGUCCUCCGGGAUCAUGCUCACUUUCUGGCUGGUAGCCCUACUGUGUGCAGCUGCCAUCUUAAGAUCCAAAAUCAUGACUGCCUUAAAAGAGGAUACCCAAGUGGAUGUGUUUCGCGAUGUCACUUUCUACAUUUACUUUUCCCUGGUACUGGUUCAGCUUGUGUUGUCCUGUCUCUCCGACCGCUCGCCCCUGUUCUGUGAGACCAUCAACGACACUAAUCCCUGCCCGGAAUCCGGUGCCUCGUUCCUUUCUAGGAUCACCUUCUGGUGGAUCACAGGGUUGAUGGUGCAGGGUUACCGCCAGCCUCUGGAAAGCACUGACCUCUGGUCCCUGAAUCAGGAGGACACCUCAGAAGAGGUCGUACCUGUUCUGGUGAAGAACUGGAAGAAGGAGUGUGCCAAAACUAGAAAGCAGUCGGUAAAGAUUGUGUAUUCCUCCAAGGACCCUGCCAAACCCAAAGGUGGGGGCUCCAAGGUGGAUGUGAAUGAGGAGGCAGAGGCUUUGAUCAUCAAGACCCCUCAGAAGGAGCGGAAGCCAUCCCUAUUCAAGGUGUUAUACAAGACCUUUGGGCCCUACUUCCUCAUGAGCUUCCUAUUUAAGGCUCUCCAUGACCUGAUGAUGUUUGCUGGCCCGGAAAUCUUAAAGCUGCUCAUCAACUUUGUCGAGGACGAGCAGGCCCCGGCCUGGCAGGGCUACUUCUACACUGUGCUGCUCUUCGUCUGUGCCUGCCUCCAGACCCUGGUGCUGCACCAGUACUUCCACAUCUGCUUUGUCAGCGGCAUGCGCAUCAAGACUGCUGUCAUUGGAGCCAUCUACCGGAAGGCCCUCGUGAUCACCAAUUCAGCCAGAAAGUCGUCCACAGUUGGGGAGAUCGUCAAUCUCAUGUCUGUGGAUGCCCAGCGGUUCAUGGACCUGGCCACGUACAUUAACAUGAUCUGGUCAGCCCCUCUGCAAGUCUUCUUCGCUCUCUACCUCCUGUGGCUGACCCUGGGUCCAUCUGUCCUGGCUGGGGUGGCUGUGAUGAUCCUUAUGGUCCCUCUCAAUGCUGUGAUGGCCAUGAAGACCAAGACCUACCAGGUAGCUCACAUGAAGAGCAAAGACAAUCGGAUUAAGUUGAUGAAUGAAAUUCUCAAUGGGGUCAAAGUCCUCAAGCUUUACGCCUGGGAGCUGGCCUUCAAAGAGAAGGUAUUGACCAUCCGGCAGGAGGAGCUGAAGGUGUUGAAAAAGUCUGCUUACCUGGCAGCCAUGGGCACCUUCACCUGGGUCUGCACACCUUUCCUGGUGGCUCUAUCAACGUUUGCCGUCUACGUGACCAUUGAUGAGAGCAACAUCCUGGAUGCCAAGAAAGCCUUCGUGUCCUUGGCCUUGUUCAACAUCCUGCGCUUCCCCUUGAACAUUCUCCCCAUGGUCAUCAGCAGCAUCGUGCAGGCAAGUGUCUCCCUCAAACGCCUCCGGAUCUUCCUCUCCCACGAGGAGCUGGAGCCUGACAGCAUCGAGCGGCGGCCUGCCAAAGAAGGAUCAGGGACUUGCAGCGUCACCGUGAAGAAUGCCACCUUUACCUGGGCCAGGGGUGACCCGCCCACGCUGAAUGGCAUCACCUUCUCGGUUCCGGAAGGUGCCUUGGUGGCCGUGGUGGGCCAAGUGGGCUGUGGCAAGUCAUCUCUGCUCUCCGCGCUGUUGGCCGAGAUGGACAAAGUUGAGGGGCAUGUGGCAAUCAAGGGCUCAGUGGCCUAUGUGCCCCAGCAGGCCUGGAUCCAGAACGAUUCCCUCCGUGAAAACAUCAUCUUUGGACGGCAACUACAGGAACGCUAUUACAAGGCUGUGAUCGAAUCCUGUGCCCUCCUCCCAGACCUGGAGAUCCUGCCCAGUGGGGACCGGACAGAGAUCGGGGAGAAGGGCGUGAACCUGUCUGGGGGCCAGAAGCAGCGUGUGAGCCUGGCCCGAGCUGUGUACUGUGACUCAGACAUCUACCUCUUUGACGACCCUCUCUCGGCCGUGGACGCUCACGUGGGGAAGCACAUAUUUGAAAAUGUCAUGGGCCCCAAGGGGAUGCUGAAGAACAAGACGCGGAUCCUGGUCACCCACGGCCUCAGCUACCUGCCGCAGGUAGACAAGAUUAUCGUCAUGAGUGGUGGCAAGGUCUCAGAGAUGGGCUCCUACCAGGAGCUGCUGGCCCGGGAUGGGGCCUUCGCCGAGUUUCUGCGCACCUACGCCAAUGCGGAGCAGGAGCAAGACGCUGAGGAUGAAGGGUUAACAGGGAGCAGCGGUCCAGCGAAGGAGAUGAAGCUGAUGGAGAAUGGAAUGCUGGUGACAGACUCCUCGGGGAAACAGCUGCAGAGACAGCUCAGUAGCUCCUCCACCUACAGUGGGGACACGCGCAGACACCAUGGCAGCUCCGCGGAGCUGCAGAAAGCUGAGACCCAGAAGGAGGCCACCUGGAAACUGAUGGAGGCAGACAAGGCUCAGACGGGGAAGGUCAAGCUGUCCGUGUACUGGGACUAUAUGAAGGCCAUCGGACUCUUCAUCUCCUUUCUGAGCAUCUUCCUCUUCUUGUGUAACCAUGUGGCUGCCUUGGCUUCUAACUACUGGCUCAGUCUCUGGACGGAUGACCCCAUCGUCAACGGGACCCAGAAGUACACCAAAGUCCGUCUGAGCGUCUACGGAGCCCUGGGCAUUUCCCAAGGUAUCGCAGUGUUUGGCUACUCCAUGGCGGUGUCCAUUGGGGGUAUCUUGGCCUCCCGCCGCCUGCACCUGGACCUGCUACAAAACGUCCUCCGGUCGCCCAUGAGCUUCUUUGAGCGGACACCCAGCGGGAACCUGGUGAACCGCUUCUCCAAGGAGAUGGACACGGUAGAUUCGAUGAUCCCGCAGGUCAUCAAAAUGUUCAUGGGCUCCCUGUUCAACGUCAUCGCAGCCUGCAUCAUCAUCCUGCUGGCCACGCCCAUCGCCGCGGUCAUCAUCCCGCCCCUGGGCCUCAUCUACUUUUUCGUUCAGAGGUUCUACGUGGCCUCUUCCAGGCAGCUGAAGCGCCUUGAGUCAGUCAGCCGCUCUCCAGUGUACUCCCACUUCAACGAGACCCUGCUUGGGGUCAGCGUUAUCCGCGCCUUCGAGGAACAGGAGCGCUUCAUCCGCCAGAGUGACCUGAAGGUGGAUGAGAAUCAGAAAGCCUACUACCCCAGCAUCGUGGCCAACAGAUGGCUGGCCGUGCGGCUGGAGUGUGUCGGCAACUGCAUUGUACUCUUUGCGGCCCUGUUCGCAGUGAUCUCCCGGCACAACCUCAGCCCUGGCUUGGUGGGACUCUCCGUGUCUUACUCGUUGCAGGUGACCACGUACUUGAACUGGUUGGUACGGAUGUCGUCUGAGAUGGAGACCAACAUAGUGGCUGUGGAGCGACUCAAGGAGUAUUCCGAGACUGAGAAGGAGGCUCCCUGGCAAAUCGAGGGGUCGGCUCCGCCCAGCAACUGGCCCCAGGUGGGCCGUGUGGAGUUCCGUGACUAUGGCCUGCGUUACCGAGAUGACCUGGACCUUGUGCUCAAGAACAUCAAUGUCACUAUCGACGGCGGAGAGAAGGUUGGCAUCGUGGGGAGGACAGGAGCCGGGAAGUCAUCUCUGACCCUGGGCUUGUUUCGGAUCAAUGAGUCAGCCGAAGGCCAGAUCAUCAUCGAUGGCAUCAACAUUGCCCAGAUUGGCCUGCACAGUCUCCGCUUCAAGAUCACCAUCAUCCCCCAGGACCCUGUUUUGUUCUCGGGCUCCCUCCGCAUGAACUUGGACCCAUUCAGCCAGUACUCAGAUGAAGAGAUCUGGACAUCCCUGGAGCUGGCUCACCUGAAGAACUUCGUGUCAGCCCUUCCAGAUAAGCUGAACCACGAGUGCGCAGAAGGAGGGGAGAACCUGAGUGUUGGACAGCGCCAGCUAGUGUGCUUGGCUCGGGCCCUGCUGAGGAAGACCAAGAUCCUGGUAUUGGACGAAGCAACAGCAGCCGUGGACCUGGAGACGGACGACCUUAUUCAGUCCACCAUCCGGACCCAGUUUGACAACUGCACUGUCCUUACCAUUGCUCACCGGCUCAACACCAUCAUGGACUACACAAGGGUCAUUGUCCUGGACAGAGGGGAGAUCCGAGAGUGCGGCCCUCCGGCUGACCUGUUGCAGCAGAGAGGCCUGUUCUAUAGCAUGGCCAAAGAUGCUGGCUUGGUGUGA